GGCUUUUACUUCGAUUUCAGCUCUAAUUGCUCAUUUCUCUCUCUCUCUCUUUCAUUUCAAGGUCUACGUAGGCCUUGGCUGUUUCUUCUUUGUAUUGAGCUUCUUAAAUCAUCUUCCUAUGGUCUGUUAUGGAUGCUCAUAUAAAGAGCAAUACCUAUGUUCCGCAAAUAUCCUCAUCUGUCAUCGGCUUUUUUGACUUGCCCGUCAAAACUUGCGACGACAUCUACCAAAGAGUGCUAGUUGUACCUCAUGGAAUAUAUCUUUUUCAAGUCUAUGAUGAUGCGAUCAAGACGGUGAUUCCAGGGAGACCAAUUCUAUGGCUUAAAUUACUGUAUAUCAAUCGAAAAAUGCGCGAGGAGGCUAGCAUUGUGUUGUAUGGACGAAAUCGUUUUGUCUUUAUGGAUACAAUCGGAAGCCAGACCAAACUUUUACAGUCCUUUCUACAGUCCAUUGGGCCCGUAAACGCAAGUCUUAUGUCUCGCAUCUGCAUUAGUCUUCCCAUUGUGAAGAGUGUUAAAGACGAGCCAGAGAAAUACGCGCUCUGUGAAGAUGAUGUAGAUAGUCUGAUGCUUCUGCAACAAUUCACCAAUCUGACGACGUUAGAAACUCUACUUUAUAGCUUCAAUCCUAUAUACACAAACGAAGCCAACCAGGAUGCGCACCACUCACAAUUCAUCCAAGGCGCGUGCUCGCAUAUCGACACGCAACUAAGGAUCACCAUACCAACACUGCGCAAAAUCAUCAUCGUGUUUCAUGAUAUGGUCCCAAAGAAUGAGAUGGUUGAGUUAAUGCGCCGCUUUCUGUGGAUGAUCUGUCAAACUGAUAAGAAUGAUAUGGUUAUUAGGCAAGACUGAAGGGGAAGUAUGAUAGCAAGAGAGGAGCAGAUGUACCCAUAAAUCAUCAGUAUACUCGUGUUGCUUGGACGUUUUGGGGAACGCAAACCGUAUCUUUGUUUAUUACUUCAAGGAUAAUUAUUGGAAACAUAAAAUUUGAUCGUCACUGUUGAUUUUACUGGUUUGUCUAUUCAGGAUCAGAAUACAUUAGACAGGCAAAGAUCGUGGUGCUUUAGCCUGACAGAUCGUUUAGGAAAAGGGGGCUGACGUGAUAAGAAUUUGACAUGAACAAGAUUGUACUGUGGAAGCGGGCAUGAAAAAUAUGUGACAGUACUUGCUGAUGACUUCUGCCUUCACUUGUACAAUCGAAAUAUGAAGAUGAAACUGACUGUAAAUGGGGAUCCA